AUGCAGCAACUUUAUGAUCUUUUUUUGACAGCGCCUCUCCCAUAUACAUACGUGCGCAUCCCACAACCAGACGAACCUGAUAAUGUUCCAAAGUUCCCAAUUCGCUUUUAUGUAAAUAAAGUUAUAACAAAUUUAACACGAAGCGCCUUCAAACAUGCAGGUUUCACACCAACAACAUCUCCAAGACAAUGGAAUGCUUCUUGGGGGCGUCAAUAUCAAGAAAAAGAAUAUACAAAAUGCCAAAAUUGGCAAAAAAUCAACCAUUACGCAGGUGCAUUUCUUAUGGGACGCAAAGACAAUCUCCAUAAGAGGAUGAAGGAGCUUUCAUCACGUGGAGAAGACCUGAAUGACUUUUAUCCACGUUCGUAUUUACUUCCAGAAGAUCAAGAAGAUCUAAACAAAGUCUGGAAUACAAAGAAAUUGUGGAUUGUCAAACCAUCAGCUUCAUCACGAGGCCGUGGAAUCCAUCUUGUCAACUCCGAAGUCGAUGAAAUACCAACAACACCAGGUAUCGUCCAAACAUACAUCGAACAUCCACUUCUCAUUACACAGCGCAAGUUUGAUAUGCGUUUAUACGCUCUUGUUACUUCCUGCGAUCCACUUCGAAUUUACAUGCAUAAAGCAGGCCUUGCACGCUUUUGCACCCACAAAUACAACUUGGAUGGCGAUUACAAUGAUACCCACAUGCAUCUUACCAACUUUUCUCUCAAUAAAGAUGAUGAAAAUUUCAAUCGUUGCGAUUCCGACGUAGAGAGUAUCGAAGAUAGCAAAUGGUCAUUACCGUUCUUCAUGAACCACCUCAAAGAAAACGGCUACGACUGCAAUUUAAUCAUGGAAAGACUCGAACACGUCACAAUUUCAUCAAUUAUUGCCGGAAUGAUGGCAAUUCGAAAGCACCAUCAGAAGCUUAUUCCACAUCGCCACACAUCCUAUGAAAUGUACGGCAUUGACAUCAUGUUUGAUGAAAAUCUUUGUCCUCAUUUAAUAGAAAUCAACAUUUCUCCGGCCAUGAGUGGAAAUGACUCCAAACUCGAUACAGCCAUUAAAUAUCCUCUCAUGUUGGAUCUCCUUAGAAUGGCCAGGAUCAUUGAUUGCGAUCCAUGCAAGAAAUAUCCAUGUCCUGGCGUCGACAUGAUUGAUGAUGCAUGGAGAGAUUCGACAUCCGAUGACAGACAAGAGGAAGUACUCGUCCAGAAGAAGGAUGGAUGGAAAGAACCAACAUUUGGAGAUAUAACAAUGAUCAGAGAUUUCAUUGAAGAACAGCCAAGACUUGGAGGAUUCAGAAGAGUUUUUCCAAGAAGAAAAACAAUGGCAAAUUACGUUCCUUGCUUCGAGAAAUUGUCUUACUUCGAUACAAUGUUCCAGGCGUGGAUAGGAAUGCCUUCAAAGGACAGAUUUAGAGUUAUCAGCGAAAAUUUUGAGAGCUAUAAGACACAAAUGGAAGGAAUUGUCCAAGAUGCUGCAACAUUUGAAUAA